AGCAGGAGCGGAGGUGGGAGCGUUACGGCCUCAUCAUGCAGCCGCAGCAGUACUGCCUGCGCUGGAAGUAUCAUCAUAGCAACUUGCAGAUGAUGUUCUCGCAGCUGCUGGAUCGUGGCUGCUUCUGCGACGUGACACUGGCCUGCGAGGGGCAAAUGAUACGCGCCCAUCGCGUGGUGCUGUGCGCCUGCAGCACGUUCUUUGACUCGGUGCUGACGAGCUAUGCCAGCGAGCGGGAUCCGAUUAUUAUCAUGAAGGAUGUGACCUUUGCCGAGGUCAAGUGCCUCAUCGAGUUCAUGUACAAGGGGGAGAUCAAUGUGGAGCACGCGAGCCUCCCGUCGCUGCUGCGGACUGCCGAUGAGCUGAAGAUCAAGGGUCUGGCCGAGGUGAGUUGGCGCGACGAUGAGGAUGGUCCACCGCCGCCCAUACCAGCGGCCGUGUUCCUGUCGCCGCCACGCAGCCUCGCCGAGAGCUAUGCCCAGGACAUGCUGCAUCACCAGCAACAGCAGCAGCAGCAGCAGCAGCAGCAGCAGGCAGCACCGCAGGCAACGCUGCAAACAGAGAGGGAUCUUCACGAUCGGGAGCCCUCCAUGGAGCGGGUGCUUGGCCGCAUGCCCUCGCAGACACCACAACCAGGAGCAGGAACAGGAGCAGGAACAGGAGCUGGAACAGGAGCUGGAGCCAGUAGCGAGCUGCAGGCGGCCGUUGCACCCGUGGAACACUUUAUGGGACCAAAACGCAAGCGAGGACGUCCCCCACUGGACGAUGCCUACGAUGUAUUCAAUGUCCGCAAGCUGGCCCACUAUGCUGCCAGCCUGGAGCCCGCCCAGCGCGCAUAUUUGGAGUCUGCCCGUCACUUUGCCGAGGAGCCGUUCCAGCAGCUUGCUCCACAUUCCAGCACGUUGGCCUCCCCGCCCGCCUCCGCCACCACCUCGAGCCUGCUGCCCAAGCAGCGGCAGCGGCAUCGCCAUCACCAGCAGCAGCAGCAGCAGCAGCAGCUACAGGCUGGCGCCUCGGAGCAGGACUCGGAUGCGGCUGAUGGCAGGGCCAAUGGCAUGCAGCGUGGCAGCUCCACGCCCAAGCCCAGCGAUGGCAGCGAGGCAGCCGCCAAGCACGUGCUCGAGGCAAGGAAUGACCUAGGGGAUCACCAGGUGCUGGGCACCUCCACCAAAAAGCUGGAGAAGAUAAGCGAGCGGAGGGAGCGGCAUGGCAAGCUGCGCCAUGCACGCCGCCACUUUGCGGGAGGAGAGCCGGAGAAGCCCUCCGAGAAGCGUCACUCUGAGGAGUCAUCGUCACAGGGCCUGCCGCAGCCCGUGGAGGAGAUUGAGAACGAGCAUCUGGUGGCCAAUCGGGCAGAGUCGCCAGCCGCCCGCUGUCCCUCGGCGCUGGUGCCCGCCAGCUUCAGUCGCAAGUACGAAUCGGGUGUGGGUGGAGCCGGAGCCGGAGCCUCCACUGGAGCUGGCACCGGCACUGGCGGCUAUUUGAUCAACGAGCAUGGCCUGCUGAUGCCCCACGAAUUCCCACCGAACGUGGCCAGUGCCGCAGCGGCCACCGCUGCUGUGGCCGUGGCAGCAGCUGCGGCUGUGGCCGCCAGUGCCAGUGCCAGUGCCAAUGCCAGCAAUGGAAGCCACAGCCAGGUGGGUGAGCAGGGGGAACUGGAGGACUACGACGCGGCCGAGCUGCGUCUGACCAACGAGGAGCUCUCGGAGUGGCAGGACGUGAUCAAGAUGGACGACUACUUGGCCAAGGGCCGGCGCCCGCAGUUCUGGGAGGAGCCGUUCACCAAGCGCGUGCUGGAUGCCAUCAAGAACAAGCGACUCGAGAUGAAGAAGGCUGCCCGCAUUCUGGGCGUUUCCUACGGCACACUGUACGGGCGCUACCGCGAGGUGUAUGGCUGCCUCAAGCAUCCCUACAGCUCGGCUCUCCUCUCCACUCUUCCACACAGCUUCACGAAUUUUCGUAACUUUGGGCCGUCGCCGUCGGUCGCUGGCGGCCCGCUGGCCGUUGGCCAGCCACGCUUUGAUCUGAAUCUACGCGCCGGGGCCGCACAGCCCUCACAGUUGGGUGAACUGGGGAAGCUAAAGAAGGAUCUGAGCGAGCUCUGGACACGACCACAGAUUUGAGAGCCAGCAAAGCCAAUAAGAAAAUCCCGAAAUCUCAAGCGCCGCCACAGGCCUGUUUAGGAGAGGGACAAAAAGAGAUGCAGACAAAAGACACACCAAGAAAUGAUCCCCGAACAAGUGGAUCACGAGGCUAGCUAAAGCAAACGAAGAACAAGCGGGAGAUUAAACUUUCCAAAAGAAUUUCCCACAAUAAUUUAAUUUUUUUUUCUUAGUUUUUUUCCUUCCUUCGUGUUAAGUCAGAUUUAAUAUGUCUGCUUGGGGGGAAUUUAAAUUUUAAUCUAAUAUAUAAAUAAUAAUAAUGAAAAUAUAUUAAAAUAUGUACACAUACACACACGCACGCACCCAUACAUGCACACAUAUGUAUGUAUGUAUGUAUGUAUGCUGCAUAUUAGCUAAUGUAAAAAGUACAGGCAGAGCAGUUAGCUGUACGUAGAUAACGGUAUUAAUCAGCAUUCAAUGUGAAGUGCAAGAGCGGUUUUUUCUUUCUUUUUUUGGUAGUGCAAUUUCCGAUACAAUACGAAAAACCUAUGAAAUCUAGCUAAUCAUUAAAUAACUGUAAUAAUGUAGCUGUAAUGACAGCCUCCGGGGAAUCCGCAAACAGUAUGGACAUUUUUUUGUAUAAGUUAAACAAACACACAAAAAACAUAACAGAGAACAGCAAACAAUAUGUAUUACAUACAAAAGAAUAUGUUUGAAACGAAAUAUAAAUUAACAUCAACUUAA